GGGUGGCCUGCCCUUGGCCCCUACAGGCCCAUAACCCCACCCUCACAAGACAGUAGCAAGGCAUGGAUGAAGUAAGUUGCAAGACCCUGGCCUGGGACAGGCAUCCAGCAGAGAAGGGGAGAGGAGGUGGUGGAGAGCACGGCCCUGGCACCAACAGCCCGACCUAGAAUCCAACUGUAGUUUUAAAUGAGUGCCUUGCCCUCUCUAGAUUUCACAAUGAGUGGCCAGCAUUUAUUGAGCACUUACUCUGUUACAACUGUUCUCUUCAUCUAUGAAUGAGGAGCAUAAUAGUAUCUACCUCGUGGGGUCAUUAUAAGGACUAAAGGAGAUAAUGUUGCACCAAACGUUUAGCUUGGUGGCUGGCUCACAGUAAAUGCUGCGUAAAUGGCCAUUGUUUAUCAGCAACCCUUCCUUCCCGCAUACAAGCUCUGCGGUUACUUAACCUCUCUAUGCCGCGCUCGGGCCGAGUAACAGGCCUGCUCUCACAGGGUCAUUGGAUGGUCACGUGAAUCCAUCCGCGUAAAGAACUCAGAACAGCACUUGGCACAUAGGCAAUGCUCCACAAAUGUCACCUGGUCACGAUCAUACAGCUUUUUCCUUUCAUUCUGUCAGGCGGGCACGGCCCCCGGCACCCCCGCCGGGCACCAUGGACUGGAAGACGCUCCAGGCCCUCCUGAGCGGCGUGAACAAGUACUCCACGGCGUUCGGGCGCAUCUGGCUGUCGGUGGUGUUCGUCUUCCGCGUGCUGGUGUACGUGGUGGCCGCAGAGCGCGUGUGGGGGGACGAGCAGAAGGACUUUGACUGCAACACCAAGCAGCCGGGCUGCACCAACGUCUGCUACGACAACUUCUUCCCCAUUUCCAACAUCCGUCUCUGGGCCCUGCAGCUCAUCUUCGUCACGUGCCCCUCGCUGCUGGUCAUCCUGCACGUGGCCUACCGCGAGGAGCGCGAGCGCCGCCACCGCCAGAAGCACGGGGACCAGUGCGCCAAGCUGUACGCCAACGCGGGCAAGAAGCAUGGCGGCCUGUGGUGGACCUACUUGUUCAGCCUCGUCUUCAAGCUCGUCAUCGAGUUCCUCUUCCUGUACGUGCUACACACUCUCUGGCACGGCUUUGGCAUGCCGCGCCUGGUGCAGUGCGCUCACGUGGCGCCCUGCCCCAACGUCGUGGACUGCUACAUCGCCCGGCCCACCGAGAAGAAGGUCUUCACCUACUUCAUGGUGGGGGCCUCCGCGGUCUGCAUCGUGCUCACCAUCUGCGAGAUCUGCUACCUUAUCUUCCACAGGGUCCUGCGGGACGUGAACAGGAGCAAGGCCCCCAAAAGCCGCAGCCUCCCAGCCUCCACCUGCCGCUGCCACCACAAGCUGGUGGAGGCCGGGGAGCUGGGCUCCGACUCUGGUGACGACAAGAGGCACGCGUCGGCACCCACCAUGACCCCCAUCUGACCACAGGCUGGGGAGCGGCCCUGGGGCUCCCACUGGGGACAGGUGGGGCGGGACUGCACUGGUGGAGGGGUCUGACAGGUGCUGGGUGCCCGCCCCCCUUGAAUUCCCUAAUCUAUCCAAUUGCAUUUCUGGCAGGCUUCCUGAGCACUGGGCACUGUGCUGUCUGCCUGGGUGUAAGUCUCCUACCCCAGAGCCGGCCAGCCCUGGGGGGGACAGACAUUGAAACAAGCAAAUUAGCUACUGCAUGCAAGGGGACACUGAGGGGGCUUCUACCUAACCCAAGAGGGGGUGCUCAGGCAAGGCUUUGCUGAGGAAGUAAUGUUUGAGAGACGUGGGAAGCACUUCCCAGCAGAGACAACAGCAGGUGCAGAGGCCUGGAGGCCACAAAGAGGGAGACGCUUGCCCUGGUUGGAGGCCCCAGAUCAAAGGGAAUCUCCAUUUCCUUGGAGACUUCUGGGGCGGGAAGGAAGUAGCCUCUAAGCAGUGGGAGGUCUGAGGCCUGAGAGUGAGCUUGUGACGAGGAGCAGGGGGAGGUGACACCAGCCCCUGCCUGAGAUACGCAGGGAUCCUCCUGGUCCCCACUGCCUUCAGGGGAAGCCCCCCUCUGCCCAAUCCUCCUCCCCGCAGGUUCAGACAGCUUUGCUCCCAUCUUCUCCCCACAAAUGUGCUCAACCUGGUGCCAGCCUCCCAGACCAUGCUCCCAGAGACUCGAGGUAGAUAUUUCUUGAAAUCAAUAAAGGCUGUGUUUUAUACA